CUUCAGUCUUCAUUGAGGCGUUCGCCUUAACAAACUAGUUUUUCUGCCUUAAAUUGAAAAUAAAUUUAAAAUUCGGGAUAAGAAACCAUUAAUAACAAAUUGAGCGAGAAUGUUCUUUAAAAAGUUUGUGGCCUGUGCACUGAUCUGCGGCUUUGUGACUGGUGUCCUGGCCAACAGGAUAACCCUUGAGGAUGAUUCUGAUUUUGGUGCGGAAGGAUCGGGGCACGGGGAAUCGCCCUCAACGGAGACAUCAAAAAGCCCGUCCACAACGAGCUCUACCGACCUCGUAGAACUAUUUUCCUCUCAAGAAACUGAGAAACAGCCCAUCAUCCGCUUGAUUUCAAAGCCAAAUAGCAUAGGCCGCUUUUGGGUGGGACAUGAGUUCAAAGCCCAAUGCCUCCUCCGUAGUGACCUGCCAAGGUGGAUAUUCAGCAAACCGCAGGAUCAAAUCAAGGAUCUCCAUAUUCACAGACAAAGUAUCUAUAAAGAUGAAAAGUUAUAUUCAAUGCAGGAAAUUCAGUUUCAAAUAACGCGCGAGCACGAUAAACUGGAACUAACGUGCUCAGGAGGGGGAUUCCCUUACUUGACGGCCAAUUUAAUUAUCGAUUUGGUUUUUUUCGGUUGGGAAGACAGUGGCAACCAGAAAGAGAUUGUCAUUGAUGACGUACCGGAUGACGUGAAGGAUCCUGGUUUGCAAGCCAAUUCCUCGAGCAAAGCACCGAGCUGCGAUUCGGAUGGCGAUUCGGAAGCGGGAUCAAUUCUCGGCAUGCAGGUGGCCAUUGGCGUUUUGGUCCUGACUGUUUUGGUCCUGGUGGUCCUGCUGUUUGUGGUUUCUCGAGCUACCGGACGAUUGUCUAUUGGCGGCUCAAAACCAUCCGAAACUAAUAUCAACGAGCAGAAUUCAAGCGCCAAAUGCUUACGGAUAAGUUCCAGUUAAAUGUGCCUCGUUUGCUGAUAGCGAAAGAAAAAAAUUGAGACAUGUAAUGGCCAAUCUUCAAGGCCAUGAAUUUAUAUCAAAUAUGAAUAAUACAUUAAAAAUGUAAAUUUUAUUGUUUAUAUUUUGUCUAGCCAUUUUUAUUUUCAUUCUCGUCUUAAUUUAAUUCGGGAUAAGAAACUAUUCUUGCUUAUUUCCUAUGCUUGCUAAGUUUGAAUCAAUUAAUUUUUUGUAAUUUUAAGUAAAAAUAUAUAGUUGGAAAUAAGUUGUGAUGAA